UGUACGGCAUUGGAGCCGAGUCCCGGUGCCGUCCACGUGGCAGACAUGGUGGGAAUACUGAAAGCUCCCGCUUCGAUGCCUCUCUCGAAACCAUAAAGCACUGAAUCUGAUCGUAACUGCAAAGGCAGGGCAUUCAUCCACGAAGGCGAUGUAAAUCUCUGCGAAAAGGUCUUUCCUCAGUUUCUCCCUUUCAAGUUCACAGCAACGCAUUAGUACGUUUAUCCGUUCUGCGAAUCAAGAUGCUCUGCUCGCCUCUUCGCGAUUCGGCGAUGAAGUCGAAUUUGUCUUCGCUUGCUGUUUAUAGUAAUGUUCGUCACUCUUUCAUCGCAGCGUCUCGUCGCUCCCUCACGGGGCUGAAGCCGAGCAAGAAAGGGCCGAGUGACAACACAGAUCAAAGAAUUCUCACUAAGAUUAGACAGAGGGACCGCGAGAAAUAUAAAGCUGCCAACGCGUAUGGUCCUAGUGCGAAAGAACGUGUGAUUGAGGAAGGGGCUACUCAAAUGUUGGAGGGCAAGUCAUCAUUCAGAGUCUUUCCAGGUCAGGCAUAUCCGCUGGGAGUUUCAGAACUGGAAAAUGGAAUCAAUUUUGCUCUUUUCUCACAGCAUGCAACCAGAGUUACACUUUGUUUUUCAUUUCCAGAGAGCAGAGAAUAUGACAAGCUAGAUGGUGGAAUGGUUGAGUUCAUAUUGGACCCGCAGGUGAAUAAAACUGGAGAUAUAUGGCACAUAUGUGUUGAGGAUCUGCCUCGUAGUGGUGUCUUGUAUGGUUACCGGAUUGAUGGUCCUCGAGAAUGGCGUCAAGGGCAUCGUUUUGACAGCAGCAUUGUUGUAAUAGACCCUUAUGCAAAACUGAUUGAAGGACGCAGAUGGUUUGGUGAUUCAAGCAAUAAGAUGGCUAAAUUCUUUGGAACUUAUGACUUGAACAGCUUGCCAUUCAAUUGGGGAGACAAUUACAAAUUCCCCAAUAUACCUGAGAAAGAUCUCGUCAUAUACGAAAUGAAUGUUCGUGCAUUUACAGCUGAUGAAUCCAGUGGGCUGGAUCCAAGAAUACGUGGUAGCUACCUUGGUGUCAUUGAGAAGAUACCGCAUCUUCUUGAGCUUGGAAUUAAUGCGGUGGAAUUGCUACCUGUCUUUGAGUUUGAUGAGUUUGAGUUCCAGAGACGUCCAAACAAUAGAGAUCAUAUGAUUAACACGUGGGGCUAUUCAACAAUAAAUUUCUUUGCUCCUAUGAGUCGCUAUGCAAGUGCUGGUGGAGGACCUAUUAAUGCUUCUAGGGAGUUCAAGGAAAUGGUUAAAGCCUUGCAUGGUGCUGGAAUAGAGGUCAUUUUGGAUGUGGUCUAUAAUCACACUAAUGAGGCUGAUGAUAAAAACCCUUAUACAACUUCAUUUCGUGGUGUGGAUAACAAGGUUUAUUACAUGAUUGAUCAGAACAAUGGCCAGUUGCUGAACUUCUCGGGGUGUGGAAAUACUUUGAAUUGUAACCAUCCUGUGGUCAUGGAACUUAUACUCGACAGCUUAAGGCAUUGGGUUUCUGAAUAUCAUGUGGAUGGUUUCCGUUUUGACCUUACUAGUGUUCUUUGUCGAGGAACAGAUGGUUCUCCACUUAAUGCUCCUCCUCUUGUUCGGGCAAUUGCCAAGGAUCCUAUUCUAUCGAGAUGUAAAAUUAUUGCAGAACCUUGGGACUGUGGAGGCCUUUAUCUCGUUGGUGCUUUUCCAAAUUGGGAUCGGUGGGCUGAAUGGAAUGGGAAGUAUCGUGAUGAUAUAAGAAAAUUUAUAAAGGGUGAUCCUGGUAUGAAGGGAAUGUUUGCAACUCGAGUCUCUGGUUCUGCCGACUUGUACAAGGUAAAUAAGCGCAAACCAUUCCACAGUAUCAAUUUUGUUAUUGCCCAUGAUGGGUUUACGCUGUAUGACCUUGUCUCAUACAAUGCUAAGCAUAAUGAUGCCAAUGGAGAAGGUGGCAAUGAUGGAAGCAAUGAUAAUUUUAGCUGGAAUUGUGGUUGUGAAGGUGAAACUACUGAUUCCAAUAUUAAAGCUCUACGCUUCCGGCAAAUGAAAAACUUUCAUUUGGCACUAAUGACAUCCCAGGGCACACCAAUGAUGCUGAUGGGAGAUGAAUACGGUCACACUCGCUAUGGAAAUAACAACAGUUAUGGACAUGAUACUGCUAUUAACCAUUUCCAGUGGGAACAGUUGGAAGCCAGGAAGAUUGAUCAUUUUAGGUUUUUCGAAGGGAUGAUAAAGUUUCGCAGGUUGCAUGAUGUAUUUCGACAUGAGCAUUUUAUUGGCAAGAAUGAGGUAACAUGGCAUGAGAACCAAUGGGACAAUCCUGAAAGCAAAUUUCUUGCAUUUACGCUUCAUGAGAAAAAUGGAGGAGAUAUCUAUUUGGCGUUCAAUGCACACAAUUAUUCGGUUAAAGUUGCUAUUCCACCACCACCACAAACGAGACGCUGGUUUCGAGUGGUAGACACAAACCUAGAAUCUCCUGAUGAUUUUGUGCCUGAAGGUGUCCUUGGCAUUGGGAAAACAUACUAUGUUGCUCCCUAUUCUUCAAUUCUUCUGCAGGCCAAGUUAUGAGACCCAUUUCCCGAUCUGCUUAUAACUGACUUGGUCCUGAAAGCGUGUCCCCGCCAUAUCCAGUCGAGCUUGUCAGGUUUCAUCUGGCCCCAAACACGGCUGAGUUCUUACAUAUGUUCUACCUCGAUAUAAGGUGAACCCUUUUACUAUUUUAGCUCCACAUACCCUUCGUUUCCCGCUUUGCCAUAUUAAGCUAUAUAUCCGGGCCUGGAGCGCCUUCUCAUGUUAACCCUUACAACCUGCUGACAUUCCAGCUCUUUCAGCAUGUACUUGUUACAUGAAUUGUUCGUUUUAUUGAAAGAGAUGGUCCCCAAUAAAAACCCAUCGGGAUUAGUAAUA